CUGUGGGAUCUAUUAAUGCCAAAUGAGAAAUUAGAAGGUCGAUAUAGCGAACAAUGGACUAAAAUCGGGUUUCAAGGCAAAGAUCCUGCGACAGAUUUUCGUGGCAUGGGAAUGCUCGGUUUAGAUGAUUUAGUUUACUAUGCUAAAAAUUACCCAGAAUCUGCACAUGAUGUGUUGGAGUCUUCGCGCCGUAAUCGCUCAUGGCGUCCAUUUGCCACUGUGGGAAUUAAUAUUACAUUCUUUGCUGUUCAAACUCUUCGCACCCGGCGACUUCAAUAUUUUUUAUUUAAGUAUGGUUCUACAAAGGAUAUUUACCAUGAAUUUUUCUGUUAUCUAUUUCACUCCUUUGAUGAGUUCUGGAUGUCAUAUGAUCAAUCUACAAUAACAAUAAUGGACUUUGAAAAGAUUUUUAAUCAAUUCAAAAGACAUAUCAUACAAGAAUUAUUAGAUCGAAAAUCAAUGGUAUUGGAUGGAUCAAAAGAUAUGUUUAUUCAAUAUGAGAAAGCCAAAUAA